AUCCGAAAAGCUGCAAAGUCAAGGAGCACUAACCUGUCUCUAGCUUACCUUGUGGAACACUUAUCUAGGUUUGAUGUGGACACCACAUGUAGCUUCUAACUCGGUCACAAUAAAAGAUUUCAAGGACUGAGAUGGGCUGUGGUCCACCAAGAGUUACCAUGUAGAUCCGCUGCUGCCGAAAGGCAUGCAUUUGUGAAAUAUUUUUUUUUUCUUUCAACUCUCCAUACUGUAGGUAAAGUAUGCUGUCUAAGAAUUCCCAAUUUCAAAAGGGAAUAAAAAUAUCUAUCUUUAUGACAAGUUUCCCUCGCAGGCAACACCAUAAAUGCUAAUUAGAUUUCUGAAGUUGAUGCUAAGCAAGUUAUCAAAGUCCAAAGGAAAGUGGUUAUCGAUGUUUAAAAUAUUACGAAGCUAGAGGCAUAUGUUUUCCCUUUAUGACAAGAAACCCUCAACAAUGUUUAAGUAGUCAUUUUCAAUGUUUUGCUCGCAUGAACUAGUUGUGAAAACCUGGUCCAUGCUCGUCAUAAAGGCUAAGUUUAGCGGCCAACUGCCCAAAAAAUUGAUGAAGGAGCUUCUGAUGGAGGUAGCGAUGGUGGAGGACAACAUUGCUCAACUUGAAGGUGAAGUGAACGAUCUUCAACGCGGUCUGACUCAGGAAAGGGAUUUGUAUAAUGGUCUCUAUUACCGUCAUCAGCUGCAACAACAACAAUUCAAACAACAACAACAAGAAGAGCAGCAACAGAAGCAAAUAUCCGAAAUUAGAAAAGGAAGCGACAAUACUGCAUUAUCAUAUCGUGUCUCAUCACUGUUCGACGAAAGGCCUAAGACGCAGGCAACUCGUAGAAGAAGACAUGCUUCAAUGGGUUCUGCAUCUGAAGCAGAAGCUUUGUUUUCCAUCAACCACACAGUGAGAAGUGGGGACUUGGCCUCUAGCUUUAGCACCAAGGAAUUGCCUGGUGGACGCCUAAAAAGCGCAACGUUUGGAAAAGAGGCCGGGUUCAACCAAAAUAGCUCGAGCAUAAAGAGCCAUGAAAAUGGAUCCCACGGGAAGGGCACCAAGAGAAGCACCACUGAAAAGAUAGCGCUGGCCCCCAAGCUACCUCCUAAGCAUCCUACUGCUAAGACGACUGAAAAGGAAAUGAAGGGCAACUCAAAUCUUGUUCAAAAGCCUUCAACUACUUUAACAGUAUCACAGGAUAAUGUCUGCACAACAUUGCCCAACAAGCUCUCUGAGGACAUCAUCAAGUGCUUGAUUUGCAUAUUCUUGAGAAUGCUUAGAACAUCGAGGAUGGUCAAGCCUGAUAAGUCGCUCAACUAUGCGAAAACAGCUCUCUCUCCUCUCCCAAGCUUUCUCAAAAUUGAAAACUUCUCGAGCUUGAAAGAACCAAGUUUGGACCCUUACGGCAUAUUUGAUAUCGAUGAAUCUAUUCCAAGAGAUAUUGGUCCUUACAAGAAUUUUGUGAUACUCACAACUAGUUCUUUUAAUACAAUCAACCUUGAUAGUUGCAGAACACUUCUUGAGCAACUAAGGAUUUUAUUGAGCAAACUUUGCAAAGUUGAGCUGAGAUUCCUAACGUACAAGCAAAAGUUGGCCUUCUGGAUCAACAUGUACAACGCCUGCAUCAUGCAUGCAUAUCUUCAACAUGGCGUACAACCAAACCUUGAAAAUUUGCUUCUGCUGAUUAAGAAGGUAGAGCUUAAUAUUGGAGGGAGCAUGUUGAAUGCUUUUGAGAUAGAGCAUCUCAUCUUGGGGCAACCAAUUGAACCUGGAAAUAAAGAAGCUUAUCUGGAGGCUAAAAGCAAUAUGAAAGAUGACAUUGUACAUUACAAGCAUAAGCUUGAACAUAGAGAACCAAAUGUCACCUUUGCCCUAUCUUGUGGGAGUCGAUCAUCACCAGCAGUUAGGAUCUACACUGCUCAAGCUGUUUCCAUGGAGUUGGAGAGAUCAAAGUUGGAGUAUUUGCAAGCUUCCAUUGUGGUGACAAGUACAAAGAAGCUCAUGAUCCCUAAGCUUCUGCAACAAUAUAUGCGCGACUGCUCGACCAACAUAGACCUGUUGAUAGAUUGGGUGUGCAGCCAACUUCCAUUGUCGUGCUCGUUGAGGAAAUCCAUCAUUGAAUGCAUCAGAGGGCAUAAAAAUGAACCGAUCUCAACAUUUGCAGAAGUGAUACCUUAUCAAUCUGAAUUCCUAUAUUUAUUGGUCACAUAGAUGCAUGUGUCAAGGAGUGUGAUUUGUACCUAUAUUCCACAAUCGGGUAAAGGCAAUCUUUUUUUCAUGGCUCUCAUUUUUAUGAGAUCAGAAUUAGGUUGUAAAGAAGUCAAGCGAUGAAGUAAAUAUUUUCUUGGUCUUCA